AUGAACCCAGUCAAGAACAUCAUUGUUGUGGGCGGAUCGUUUGUGGGGCGGACCACAGCCCAAGAACUUGCCCGUGUUAUCCCUUCGACUCAUCGGGUGCUUCUUGCCGAAGCUCAUAGUCAUUUCCACCAUCUCUUCACUUUUCCUCGGUUUGCAAUCGUUCCGGGCCAAGAGCACAAAGCCUUUAUCCCAUACAGUGGAAUUUUCAACAGUGCACCAAGCCCAGCUUCUCAUGGUGUUGUCCAAGCUCGAGUGUUAUCUGUCAAACCUACUCAUGUAGAGCUUGACCGCGAUUGGCAAGGCUCGAAACAGAUUCCAUUCGAAUUUGUUGUUCUUGCUACUGGUACACGACUCUCAAAACCUGCGGGAAUGGAACAUGACGACAAGCUUUCUUCUGUCGAGUAUCUGCAGAAACACCAAGCCGAAGUCAAAGCCUCGCAGUCAAUUAUGAUCGUAGGCGGAGGUGCUGUCGGUGUUCAAAUGGCUGCUGAUCUCAAGGAAUAUUACCCCGACAAGGAGGUCACCGUAGUGCAGUCACGGCCUUACGUGAUGCCGAGCUUCCAUCCUCAACUACACGAGCUCAUCAAGCGACGAUUCGAUGAACUAGGUAUCAAACUCAUCACUGGUUCACGUGUUACAGUUCCACCAAAUGGCUUCCCAAAUGACGGUAGCACUUUCCAGGUGCAGCUCACCAAUGGCACUACCGAGUCGACUCAAUUUGUGAUCUUGGCUACUGGGCAAACUCCGAACAACCAGCUGGUCAAAGAUCUGGAAUCGUCUUCUUCAGACACAGAAUCAAUUAUCAACCCACAAAAUGGGUUCAUUCGGGUCAGACCAACGAUGCAGUUCUUGAAUGAAAAAUACUCAAAUCUAUUCGCUGUCGGAGAUAUCGCCGACACGGGUGCUCAAAAGGCUGCCCGCCCCGGAUCAGCACAGGCAGCGGUUGUCGCGAAGAAUAUACAGGCCAUGAUAGAAGGCCGGAAACCUGAAGAAACAUUUGUCAAGGGACCCGGUGCGAUCCAUUUGACAUUAGGAAUGAAACAUAACGUGAUUUUCAGAAACCCCAAUGUUGCUGAAGGUCAGACGGAGCCAUGGAUUAACCCAAAGGAUGAUGGUCGAGAGGAUAUGAAUGUGGAAGCCAUGUGGGAGAGACUGGGAAUAUCAGUUGAAACUCCACGUGAAUAUCACCUGUAA